CAACUUUAGAAAUCACGCAGCCACGCAAUGAACACAUAGCGAACUAUUCUUUCGCCUUUUACUAAAGAAUACCGUGUGUGCGUUGCAAUUAGUGGCAUACGCUAAUUUUUGGAGGGGUUCUCUUUAAGAGAUCCCCAACAAUACUAGUUAAGUUUUUGAUGGCUGUUCUUCUUUUAAUGUAGAUGUGUUUUAUUUAGUAUUAACUCUUUACUUGUACUAGAUUAUUACAUUUGUUAUGAUACAUAAAAGCACAUAACUGUUUGUUAUUUCAAAAAAAUUACAUAUGCCUUUUGAAAGACAACAAACAUGAGUGAUUUGAUGGCCAAUUGUUGAGUAAUCAUUCAACUCUAAAAUAUUAGACUAUUAUCUAAUGCUUCCAAUAAUUUAUAAAAAAAUUAAAUCGUUGAUGACUCAUAAGUUGAAAGGAAAAAAAAGAAGCUAUUUGCUAAAAUAACGUUCCAAACCUGCGAAAAUUUGAUGGUUUACUUUUGCUGCAUAAACACAAAUUUUAAUACACAACAGAAAAAAGCAAAACACAAUGAAGAGAAAUUAGGACAAAUUAGCCAAAAAAACAAAAAAACCCAACUUCCCUUUUUUCUUCGGUAAAAAGAAAAAAGAAGAAGCUUUCCUCUUUCUUGUUGGAGAGUGCAUGAUCAUUUCCAAUAUAUCGCGGGACUUUAAAUGAGAUUUUUGGUUUAGAGAAAAAAUAAAAUGGAGGAACAUGAAGAGAGGAUUUAUGUAUCUGUGCGGUUAAGGGCGUUGAAUGAGAAAGAGAGAAAUGAUGUUUCAGAUUGGGAAUGUAUAAAUGACACAACUAUUAUCUACAACAAUAGUAGCUCUUCCCCAUCCGAACGUUUGAUGUAUCCCUCUGCAUAUACCUUUGACAGGGUAUUUAGCAGUGAUUGCUCGACAAGACAGGUGUAUGAAGAAGCAGCUAAAGAAGUUGCUCUUUCGGUUGUCAAAGGAUUCAAUUCAAGUGUUCUUGCCUAUGGCCAAACAAGCAGCGGAAAGACAUACACUAUGACUGGAAUAACUGAAUAUGCCAUAGCAGAUAUCUACGAAUAUGUGCAGAAGCACACAGAAAGAGACUUUGUUUUGAAGUUUUCUGCUAUGGAGAUAUAUAAUGAAUCUGUCCGAGAUCUCCUUGGUGAAGAUAAAACUCCACUCCGACUUCUAGAUGAUCCAGAGAGAGGGACUGUUAUUGAGAAACUCACCGAGGAAACAUUGAGGGACUGGAACUAUGUGAUUCAUCUCCUUUCUAUUUGUGAAGCUCAGAGACAGAUUGGGGAGACUUCCUUGAAUGAAACAAGCUCCAGAUCUCACCAAAUCAUCAGACUGACAAUUGAAAGUUCUUCUGGUGAGCACUUAGGCAGAGACAACAACUCGAGUACCCGUUCAGCUACUGUGAAUUUUGUCGAUUUGGCUGGAAGUGAGCGGACAUCUCAGUCAUUGUCAGCUGGUACAAGGCUGAAAGAAGGCUGUCACAUAAACCGCAGUUUGCUGACCCUGGGCACCGUUAUUCGUAAGCUAAGCAAGGAUAGGACUGGCCACAUUCCUUUCCGAGAUUCAAAGCUAACCCGGAUAUUACAGCCAUCAUUGGGUGGAAACGGUAGAACUGCCAUCAUCUGUACAAUUAGCCCUGCACGAAGUCAUGUUGAGCAAUCAAGGAAUACUCUAUUGUUUGCAAGUUGUGCCAAGGAAGUAACUACAAAUACCCAAGCAGUCAUGUCAGAUAAAACAUUAGUGAAGCAUUUGCAGAGGGAGUUGGCAAGACUGGAAAGUGAGUUAAGGUAUCCCAGAGCUUGCAUAUUCCCUUCAGAUUACGAAGCGUUACUGCAAGAGAAGGACCAUCAAAUACAACAGAUGGAGAAGGAGAUAAAGGACUUAAUUUUGCAACGAGACAUUGCUCAGAGUCAAGUUAAAGAUCUGCUGAAGCUGCUUGGGGAUGAUGUAAUUCAGGUUGGUUUCGGACACUACCCAAAUUUACGUGUGAAAAGAUCACCAGAUUAUCAAAGCCCAAUGCAACAGAUUUCCAUUUUGAGAGAUACUCGUUACAUAGAUGUUGAUGUUAGAGCACGUUCAAUUGGACAUAGCAGGUGUAACUCUGAGGAUCAGUUUAUACACGUGCCAGAGUUUGAAGAAAGCAUCUUUCGCAACAAUACAUUUCCAAUGCUAUUAGUUGGCAGUUCAAAUAAUAGCAGAAGUGAUUCAUGUCAGGGAUGGGAUGAAGCUGAAAAACAAAGUAAUGAGACUUCUGAAGAUCUAUGCAGGGAAGUUCGUUGCAUUGAAACAGAAGAAUCAAGUGUGAAGGGAACACAAGUAUUCAAUUGUUCACUUCCUGAAGAAAAUGGUGGCUUUCCAUCUCUAGUAACCAUUAUGAAUGGGGAUAGAACAAAUCACGGAACAAUAUCACCUCUUGAAAACGGACACAGAAGAUCAGCGACAUCUCCAUACAAGGAAAAUGGGGAGUCAAAAUCAUCACACAUAAAAGAAGACCAAGAAUCGGUGUCAUCAUCAUUUUUCGAGGAAGGAAGGAAGUCCAAUAGAGAUUCAAUGUCAUUUCCCAUAAGGGUUGAGCAAGCCCUUGAAUCACCAAAGUGCAAGGACAACAAAAAGCUCGUGCCAUUGCCGUUAAAAGAAGAGAAAAAAUUAGUUUGUGUUCAUUCCUCAAAUGCUCCUCCAGAAAGAUUAUCCUCACCAUGUGAUCUCAAUGGUGAUUCAUCAUGCAAUAGAAAUUCGAAGUUAUGUAAAAGUACAAGUUGCAAAGCUAGCAUAAUUACUGAUCGAUAUUCUCCAUGCUUAGAGGAAUCCGACAGAACUGAUGUUAAGCGUUCUUUAGGAAAUGGUUCCACUUUUCAUGUAGAGAGUGCUUUCAAUGUUGAACUUGAAGUUACAAAAAGGAAACCUUUAACUGAUGAGGAGGUCAAAGAUGCUGAUGGUGCAUGCAAUGCAAGGACGAAUGAAAUGGAUGAGCUUCAACAUGAAAUGGGUGUCAAAGAGUGUCCGGUUCAGGAGGCUGAACCAGAACAUGAUAAACCUUCAAAGAGACUGAGAGACGCUGAGCCAGCAGAAUAUGAUUACAAAAGUCGUUACAGUUGGCCCUCCGAAUUCAAGAGACUUCAAGAAGAGAUUAUUGAACUUUGGCAUACGUGUAAUGUCUCCUUGGCACACAGAACAUACUUCUUCCUUCUUUUCCAAGGUGAUUCCACAGAUGCUAUAUACAUGGAAGUUGAAAUUAGAAGAUUAACCUUUCUCAAGGACACAUUUUCACGUGGAGAGAAAACCGUUGUCAGUGGUAGGACUUUGUCACUCGAGGGAAGCAAGAAAGAUGUUCGAGAGGAGAGACGGAUGCUGAGCAAGCAAAUGGAGAAAAAGUUAAGUGAAGCAGAACGAGAAAGCCUAUACGUUAAGUGGGGAAUUGGAAUCAAUAGCAAAAGAAGAAGGCAUCAGUUGGCUGAGAAAUUGUGGAGUAAAACAGAUGAUAUGAACCAUAUUGCAAAUAGUGCCUAUUUGGUAGCAAAACUGGCUGGGUUUAUGGAGCCAGGAAAAGGUCUUGAGGAGAUGUUUGGACUUGAUUUUUCAGGAACAAGUAGAAAUUACAGUUUCAAAACAGGACUCAAAUCUCUUUUGUAAUAUUUGGUGAUGAUAUAGGCUGCGUCAUAUAUAUCUAUUUUUCUUUGAUUUCAAUGUUAGUUCUCCAGCUCUUUUUUCUUUUCCUUUUUUUUGUUAUGCUGAUUGUAAUGAGUUUUAGUUUUGUACAGGAGACCCAAAUUAAAAUUACUCAUCAUUGGAGAAAGUGUAACAUCCGAAUACCAUUUGGCGACCAGUUCACUUUAGACACUCAAACUAGUUUUUUUUUU